AUGGCUUUGAAUGUGGCACAAGCCGAGGAGCUGCGGCGCCUGGCUGCUGAUGUCAACGAUGCCGUCGAGGCCCGCAUUCGGGGGGAAAGGGGUGCGAUCGAAAGGAUUCGAAGGACUACGCAGAGUGUUCAGAUGUCCGGCAUGGGCCCGUUUGAGUAUUGGGCACACCAGUUGUGGCAGCCAUUGAAGAACAUUUGUCUUGUGAUGGCACAGGAAAUGGGCGUACUUCCUCGACUCAAUGCACACGAUGGCCCGGCGACUGCGCAAGACAUCGCCAGGAGUCUUGGCUCGGAAGAUCUAUUGAUAUCCCGUCUGCUGCGCGUUCUCACAUCCGUCGGGAUCGGCGAAGAGGUUGCCGCGAACACGUACAAGUCCAACCAGAUUAGUGAAAUCGCAGCAAGCGCAGGAGGCCAAGCAGGGGUUAAAUUUCUGAAUGAGCUGCUGUUUUCCGUGGCAGCACGAAUCGUUCCGUACAUGCGAGAGCAUGGAUUCAAGCAGUUUCCGCAGCGACCACAGGAGAUGGAUCCCACCCAGUUUGCCUUUGACGGACGAAUGAUGUGGGACUAUCUCAAAGAUACGCCCGAGAUGAAGAAUUCCUUCGAUACACUCAUGCGAGAGAACCGUUCGGGGAAUAAGCCGUGGUUUACGAUCUACCCCUUUGCAGCGGAGAUGGGCGCGGCAUGUCAAGAUGCAAAUGAGGUGUUACUCGUCGAUAUUGGCGGUAAUCGUGGCGCCGAUAUUCUGGACUUUCAUCAAACGCAUCCGGAUCUGCCAGGCCGUCUCAUUCUGCAGGACCUCCCCGAGACCAUUGCAAACGUGGACAAGGCGGCGAUGAGUGGGAUUGAACUGCAGCCAUAUGACUUUUUCACGCCACAACCAGUCCAGGGCGCCAAGGCCUAUUUCUGGCGCUGGAUUCUGCACGAUUGGGACGAUGCGUCGAUUCGCAAAUUCCUCGACAACACCAUCCAGGCCAUGAGUGCAGAUAGCAGGCUGUUGAUUGAGGAGUUUGUUCUUCCCGACACUGGAGCAGACGCCAAGGCCAGCCACUUGGACAUUAUGAUGAUGCUGUAUCAUUCUGGCAUGGAGCGCACACUGAGCCAAUGGCAGGCACUGCUCACCAGCUGUGGGCUCCGCAUUGUCAAGGUCUGGACGCGACCGGAUACCGAUUCCAGUGUAUUAGAGUGCAAGACACCUCCCUCCACUACCAAUACCACUACCUCCACCUCUACCGUACUCACCGUUCCGCUUUCUCCGAAUUUCUCACGUCUUCGCCGACCAGCGCCCAACCCUCGAUCACCGUCAACCCGCUUCGACACGCUCACCGAGACUGCAGCCAUAUAUCCCGGAAGCGGCAUCACCUUCAAGAUCAUCAAAAUGCAGGCAACACGACGCCUGCUGCAGCACCGUCAGCCCAUGAUCAAGUUCCUUGGCAAGCGCUCCAUACCACAGCAACUUGAUCACACUCCCAAGCCCCACCCCGAAUCUCCUUCCCACCAUCUCCCGUCAUCAUUCGCAAACUACAGACAACAGGCGACUCAACACGGACCUCUCAAGAGUGGCUCGGCACCGGCAGGCGGACCAAGUGCCGCUCCUGUCAACCCAUAUGGAGCAAUUGGAGGCAAGAGCGCGAAGGAACUGGGGCCCAUCAAGCUCGCAAAGGGUGAGGUCGCGAACAGGAGUGAUCUGCCCAAGCGUUUCCACAGGACGGCUUGGAGUCAGGCGGAGAUUGAAGCGAUUGAGAGCGGAGGCGCGAGCAUGUUCGCUUGAGAGGUGGAAGACGAAUUGCGCAUGAUGAAGAUGUGCAUACGGUAUACCAGAAUACGCGAUGCGAUACAAUAUCGUAGGGACCGGUAUAGGAGAAGCGCAGAACCCUGCGUAGCGAUAUCGAGUCCAUCGAGAGAACUACCCACAUGGCCUCGACUUCGACGCGUGGAGAUGAUCAUGAAUGAAGAUGAGGUAUAUUAUGGAACGGUGGGAAGUCGGUACAGCAGGCGGUCCGAACUCUUGUGCAUUAUCAGUCGGGCACGCUCAUAGUGAAAGAAAAGAAAAUAAAGCUCUGCCACGAAUGGCAUCAAGAAAUGUUGUCUGCCGUAGUCUUCAGUUUUCCAUCACCACUUGACAGACGAAAAGCAGCGACACGGCGGUGCAUGCUGGCUACACAUGUCUGCGCAGUGUAGCUGCUGCUUCUCGAGAUACCUGUAGGAUCCUACCUUACCUAUCUACCUGACUGACCCCUCAUGAACAUUCACCUCGACCUUGAUGUUCGCCGGAGGAUGGCUCAGCGCCCACCGAAUCCCAUCAUGCAUCACCCGAUCAUAAUCUCGACACAGCGACAACUUUUGCACCCCAAAUCUCCGAAAGCCAUGCGGCACACCCUUGAAGAGAUGCACAUCGGUCGGCACACCAUUCUCCGCCAGCACAUUUGCAUACAACAAUGCCUCGUCCCUCAGGGGAUCCAGCCCGGCGAUUCCAAACGUGGUCGGAGGGAGUCCGUGAACUUCUUCGGGUGAUGCAGCAAGGAUGUUGACACGGCGAUCCGAGGCGAGAGGAGCUUGGGAGUGGACCAGGUCGUUGAACCAGUUGAUCUUGCUCACGGGGAGCACUGGCGCGAAUUCGUUUUCUUGGUACGAGGAUCGAUGGUGCAUGUCACUCCGAUGUUUGAGUUGAUCUUCGUGUGCCAUGUGUGCGAGGCCCGGGAUCAUGAGGACUUGUCCUUUGAUAUUCGCAAACGAGGAUGCGUUCUCGCGCUUCUUGGUCAGUGUCAGGGCUGCUGCGAGGUGUCCGCCUGCCGAUACGCCGCCUACGACCACGUGUGUGGGAUCUCCGUGGAAGGAUUUCGAGGCAUGAGCGACGACCCACUCGAAUGCAUCUUCCGCGUCGUGCCAUGCGGUGGGAUAUUUCCAUUCGGGAGAAUGGCGGUAGUUGAGGUUGAAGACGACGACAUCGGAUGCGAGGGCUAUCCGUGCACACGUUGCGUCUUCGGAGUCGAGCGUGCCGAAGAGGAAGCCUCCUCCGUGAAAAUGAAUGUAGAUGGGAAGGGUGAUGUGCAGUGGUAUGGUCGUGGGUCGAUAGCUGCGAGCGGAGAGGAUAUGGCCAUCCCGGGCGGGUACAGAGUGGUCCUGGAGGGAGAUUUGGUCUUUGAGAAGACUAAACUCCUCUCGCGAGGUCAUCUCGCGCCCUUGAUUUGUGGCUUUCUUGAUCUCUUCGACGCUGCUCGAGUCGGGUGGGCUUGCGGGAAGUGUUGCCAAUACAUCGAGGAGCUCUUGGCUUGCGCCGCCAUACUGCGAGAAGUCGCUCAUUAUGAUCGAAUGUGAAUUGUGAUUUCUGCGUUCUGGUCAACGGUUGGACUAUUUGUACCUACCUGAUUCACCUACAUGUACCACAAGACAUCUUGAGAAGAGGACCCAGAACUACAUGUAAGGGCGAACUGGAGCUUCCCCGCUUUUCCAGCUUGCGUCAUUGGUCAGCUCAGGCAUGGUUGUCGAGAUGUCGAAAUUUGGAAAUUUCCUAGCAACAUCUGUAGCUGUGUAAGGGUCUUGCUGUCUUGCUUGGAAUCAAAGACCUUGACAUUCACUUCAACAAGUGCCUAUUUAGUCUCCUUCAUUUGCUUCAGCAACUUGAGCAACGGCAGAGGACGGGCGAACUAGGAGUGAGACGGGUUCCUUGAUGAGCUGUCGAGUGCCACAAGUCCAAGCAAUACAUAGGUACCUAGUCGUUCUUUCGAAGCGAUGAAAGGAGUGAGUAUGCACUGUCAGUCAGAUCAGGCUGCUGGGAUCGGAGCACUUGCUCAUUGAGAAUCUCAUACAUAGAUACGUGCACAUUGCAUGCGGUCGCUCAAAGGACCCGCAAGAACAAAUCCGGUGUAGUGCUACUGCUGCUGCGGCGGCGGCGGCGGCCGUCUUCUCCGUUCCCUCAUCUCAGGCUGCUGCUGGGGGGCAGCAGCACCAGACCUCUCUUGUGCCUGUUUCGGUCGCGCCCUCUCCUGUGGUUGUGCCCUUCGUUUUUGUGCAGGCGCCUGCUCCAUCUCUGAAACCGGCUGUUUCGGAACUUUGAUACUUGCUUCCCUCGCUUCUCGUACCUCCUUCUUACUCAAGCCCAGUGUUUCGGCAUAUUCGCCGAAUGCGAGCAGGAUCUGUUCCAGCCCCGUCUUGAGCACGUCCAGUAGUUCAUCAACUGCUGCGAUAUUUCUGUCUCGCUCUUGCAGAAAUUCGACGUCUGUCCAGUGUGGUUGUACUUCUUGGACAUACCUCUCAACGGCUAUGAUCGUUGAUGUAAAGGUCCGCGUAAUGUUGGCGAUGUCCUUCUGCGCUUGACCGUAGUCGUCUUCUUUCAAAGACAGAACCGCAAGUUGGCUCAGCGACUUGGCAGCAUGCAUGAUGGUGGUCUUCUGACUACUCGGAGUGCCAAAAACGACUGCAUUGACCUUCUUCGCAAAAGUCUGGCGAAAAGGGAUGCCGAUUGGCAUUUUCAAUAGCUCCACCAGCUGACCACUAGCUUGCCUCUCCAGGUGCUGAGGUCGCAGGCGUUCUUGAUACUCCUGUGGCAGGACUUGGUCUUUACUCCACUCGAUCGCUCUCUGCGCGCGAGGGAGGAUGGGAUUGUGAGCGCCAGGCUGUUGUCCCAUAGAUCGAGCCAGGUUACCAACCGUAUUGUAGAAGUCGGGUUUCCGGCUCGGACUUUGUAGAGCACCGUCGUUGAUGACUUGGCGAUCGGCAAUUCUUUGCAGUCCCAUGUCAACUUGGGCAUGUGGCAUGACUGGCGGCUGCUGAGCGCGUAUGUUCUGUUCAUCCUGCUGUUUUUGAUAUUCGGCGGGCUGGUUCGCCAGAUUGAUACGGCCUUGGACACUUUUGACUUCAUCCAGGCACAGCUUGCAGAUUUGCGACCACGUGCUGCCUGUACUGCGAUCGACUUCGGUGAAGAUGGUCUUUCGGCGUACUUCGUACUGCGUCGUGAUCAAGAAUAGCUCCCAUAACGCAAACGCCUUGUUGACUUCCUUCUUGCUCUUCAGGCCGGUCAGCAGACUUCCAUUGGGAUCCUUGCUCUUGUGUAGUAUGACGCCAUUCGCGUCCUGGACUUGGCUGGUCAAUGUCUGCCCCUUCCGCAGCGGUGGUUGCGAUGUAAAGACGUCGAAUGUGGCAUUGGACACUUCCCACAAUGAGACGAGCAUUAAGGAGGAGAACAACGCUUGCGGGACGAGUAAAGUGAGAUGCUGCACACCACUCGGGGCGGCGUUUGAUGGCAAAUCGCUGUAGAAGAUGCUGGCGAAGGAGUAUGUCACUCUCCAAGCAAAGCGUCUCAGGAUGGUGUAGUAAAUGGUGGGAGGGAAUAUGCAUAUGGCGAUGAUGGUCAGAUUGACCGACCUCGCGACUAUUGUCUUUGCCCUGGCGGCCAGUUCUCGAACCGGUGUGGGCAUACCACGUGCAUACGAGACAGCAGAAGUGUCCUCCUUUUCAUCCUCUCCAAUGCGGACUCGAUCGUAGUCGCGCCAGAAAUGCAACACACUCUGUGCCACGGCCAAGGUCGAAAACAUGCACCUCAACACAAUGGGAUUCUCAUUCAGUCGUGGCCUCACCCAGUUGGGGUCUCCCACAUCGACCAUGACCAAUUCAGCGGUACUGGCUCUCGACCAAAUAUAAAUCUCCCCAAACAGAAAGCCACUUCCCCAGUACCAGAAGAGGGUAUUGAGCGUGCUCGCCAGGGCCUUUGCACCCACCAAUUUUCCAUACAGCACCUGAGCCGGACUCGAGCUUGUUCGCUGUCCAAUGUGCAUGUUCGCCAGUCGCACAAUAAACACCAUCAGACAGGGCAUGAAGAGCAGCAGCGCUCGCAGACCUGCAGGACCGAAAGGGAACCAUGACCAGAAGAGGUGCGACGAGGUGGAGAGUAAGAAGGAGUCGAUGAGGCAGAGGAGGAGAGUGAUGCCGGCGGCGGAGCAGAAGCGGCGGUGCAGGGCGGGCGUGAGGAAGUCCUUGUACACUUUGAUGCGAUCCUGCUUCGGUGGUGCUGCUGCAGCGGAGCCUCGAGACGCGUGCUGGAGGAAGUUGGCGGAAGACGUCGUCG